GCUGGUAUGUAGCCUGAUGAAACUUCUCAAGAUGCGCGUAUAUUGAUUCAUUAAAAGUUGUUUGUAAAUGAUGUUUUUCUCCUUGCAGAAAAUGAACCAAAGGGUCAUAGGAAAUUCAGUAAAGGUCUAUGGAUUAUGAUUGGAGGAGGUGUCGUGGUUGCCUUUGUUUUUGUAGUACUGGCCGCCUGCAUUUUGUCAAAGAAACGUACCAAAUCAACUCCGCCACCACCCAAAGAAUCCGCAGCAUUUAAGGAAGCGAUUUUCGAGGACUCAGGCUGUCCAAAAAUUCCUAUCAAGGAAGUGUAUUCUGCUACUGACAAUCUAAACCCAACAAAUUUCAUCGGCGAAGGAACUGCUGGAAAGGUGUAUAAAGGCAUACUAUCAAACAAUCAACGUGUAGCAGUUAAGCACAUUAUCAAUGACGGAAAUGUGGAGACAUUUGCCCGAGAAGUUACGAGCUUAUCGCACAUCAGACACCCGAACCUUGUUACCUUGCUAGGUUAUUGUGCAAACGAAGAUGAAUGCUUCCUUGUCUAUGAGCUUUGUCCCAACGGAAACCUCUCAGAAUGGAUUUUCGGGAAAGAUAGGAACCUGUCCUGGAUCCACAGGCUUGAGAUUGCAAUUGAUAGCGCUCGAGGUCUAUCGUUCCUCCACACGUAUCCAGAAGGCUGCAUCGUCCAUCGCGAUAUCAAGCCAACAAACAUUCUCCUUGGGGAGAAUUUUGAAGCAAAGCUAUCAGACUUUGGACUCUCCAAGAUUAUUGAGCUGGGAGAAACCUAUGUCAGUUCAGAAGUGAGAGGAACUUUCGGGUACGUUGACCCAGACUAUAGGAUCAACAACCACGUAAAUUCAUCAGGAGAUGUCUACAGCUUUGGAAUCGUACUUCUGCAGAUCCUAUCGGGGAAGAAGGUUAUCAACAUGAAUCUGAACACUCCAAUGCCAUUAAAUAAACAGGCAAAGGUCCUCAACCGAGAUGGCAGCAUCAAUGAAUUCGCCGAUCCUAAACUUGACGGGGAAUACUCAGAAGAAGCGUUUGAUCUAACGCUUCAGCUGGCUCUCUCAUGCACAGCACUCAAACAACAAAGACCGUCAAUGCAGCAAAUUGUUGUGAGACUACAAGAGGCGCAUGACAUAUCAACGCAUGUAAAGGCCUCUACUCCUGAAGAUUCACCAGAUGCUAGCUUCUCGUAUUGAAAGUUUAAAUCCACGAAACAGAAAUAGAAA